CUCGCAAGUCGUGACCGACGCUUCCCUAUCCUCGUUGCGAGUUGUUCCCGUCGCUUCACUCAGACGGGCAGCAGAGUAGAUGUUCUGCGUGAGGCCAGAGAGCAGUAGUAUACACAGACGCGAGCACGCACAAACACACACGAGCGCGCGACGCGGUGCAGUCCAGUCCAGGUAUUGCGGUAUCGUGUGUCGAAAAGCCGGAGUGACGUCGUGGGAAAAGUCGAGGUGAAGGCGGACAUACGUCAGGGCGAGGAGGUUACGUAUAAAAGGCCAGGAGCGAACAGCAUUUCCCUUGUGUGUGGGACUUACGGGGUGGGGAUGUAUGGCUUGUGGGAAAGGGUGUGUGUAUGUGUGUGUGUGUGAGGAGGGUCGACUGGAAUGGGGUUAGCGCCGUUGCGGAAACACCUGGAGGCGUGGAAGCCAAACGGUCUGCUUUUCGCUGGCCGAACACACCAUAUAACAAACUGGACGAACAGACAGACAGUCAUCAAUCAUCAACCAACAGUACGACCGCCCGAAUACAAGCAUCCCUGGUAAGGAAACGAGUCGUAAAGCGCUGGAUAUUGCAGUGGGAGUUUGUGACUUAUCCGGCGCGGAUCGGUAACAACGCGUGGACCGAGCUGCUACACAGUACACCACAGCGCCACAGUACAAUGAAUAUACUAUACCAUGCCAGCUUGGACUCCGGUAUGGUUACAGUACGCUGGCGGUCACGGCCUAUACAAUCUGGUACAGUACUGUGCUUGACGAGACGACAACGACGCGGCAGCUCCUUCCCAGAUAAACGAUCAUUUAGUAGAGUAUGGCCUGCCCCCUUCCCUCCGUACAGAUGCUCUCCAGCUCAAUCCUUUUCCUCUCGUUCCCUCUCCCCUUUCCCCGGCCGUGUAUGCCCCCGGGGCCGUGAUGUAUGUAUGGGAUUAUUAAUGCUACUGGCAUGAUGCAAUCCAUGGAUGUCCAAUCAGAAUGUAUGGCCUUUGGAAUAGGACAAAGAUACA